AUGGAAUGUAUUCUUCAUGCUGCUGAUUAUCGAAAUCUAACUGAACUUAAACUUUUUAAUUUCACGAAAGAAGUCGCUUUAAAUUAUUUUACAAAUGAAUCAUCUCUUCAAUAUAUCUUUCAAGAAAAAAUUACAAAUCUUAUUAUUGCAAAUAAAGACAGAUGCAGUAGGAUGGUAUCAUUGGAAUAUUAUAGUAGAAAUGUAUAUGAACAUAUCUUGAAAUUCUUCAAAAAAUUAAAACAUUUGAGUAUUAUUGAAACAUUCAAUCGUUUCUAUCCACCUUUAUCACUAUGUCAUUCACCAUCAACUAGUUUUUUCUCUUCAACUCUUACUCAUUUACGUAUCAAAGUAUCCACAUUAGAUGAUUGUUUUUAUUUACUUGAUGGUCGACUCAAACAAUUAACUACAUUUAUUAUUGAAAUAUGUGAUACAAGCAAGUCUUCAUCAAUCAUUCACAAUAUGGAUGAUUUACCUAAUUUGAAAUGUUUUUCAUUGAAAUGUUAUCGUCAAACUAAUAAAUAUGAUGAGAAAAUUCUACCUCUUCUUCAUCGUAUGACAUAUCUGGAAAAAUUAACUUUAUAUCUUCUUAUACAAAAUCGAGGUGGAUUUAUCGAUAAUUCUCAUAUUCAAAAUGAAAUUCUUCUUAAUAUGCCACGUCUUCAUUCAUUUACUUUUUGUAUUAAUACUUAUGAUGAUACUGAUGAUUUAUUUCGUUAUGUACCUAAUCAAGAUAUUCAACGAAUUGCUACAAAUAAUGGACACCAACAAUGUAUGGCUAAUAUCAUAAAAUACAAUAGUAGUUGUCAAGCUAUUCAAUCAACACAGCGUUUUAAUAAUCGACCCGAUUAA